AAAAAGAAAAAGAAGGAUCCAUAGGAACCAUCACGUGCGUCACCAGCAAUCAUAUCAGCCUCAUCCAAUGCAUCUACCGGCGGCAACCAGCAGCGACUGCCAAAGCCCAUCGAUGCCGACCACAAUCAAUGACAUGUUUGCCAACCUGCACGAGAUGCUGCAGGAGUAUCACGGCGAGCUGGUCCAGACGGGAUCGCCGGCCGUGCUCUGCUCCGCCCUGCCGACGCACUGGCGCUCCAACAAGAGCUUACCGUGCGCGUUCAAGGUGAUCGCACUCGAUGACAUCCAGGACGGCACGCUCGUAACGAUAAAGGCAGGCAACGACGAGAACUAUCACGCCGAACUGCGCAAUGCGACCGCCGUCAUGAAGAACCAGGUGGCGAAGUUUAACGAUUUGCGCUUCGUCGGACGGUCGGGGCGUGGGAAGUCCUUCUCGAUCACCAUCACGAUCAGCUCGUACCCGUGCCAGAUCGCUACGUACACCAAGGCGAUCAAGGUGACGGUGGACGGACCGCGCGAACCCCGGUCAAAACAAAUAGAUUUCGCCUACGGACAUCCGGGUGCAUUCAACCCAUUCAUCCUGAACGCCGGUUGGCUUGAUGCGGCCUACAUGAACUACGCCUGGUCCGACUACUUCCGUCAGCAUCAGCAGCAACAGGCAAUCCAAGUGCCACCGCCGUCCGCUGGUCCGCAACAAACUUCGUUAGGAUGCCACGACAAAGUAAGCAGUGGUACGAUUGGUAACGGACACCUUCUCGGCAGUGCCACCGCUACGACCGCCACCGUGAUGACCGAUCCGACGACCGAUCUAGUGUCGCUCCGCUCGCCAACCAGCCAAACAGUGCCUGCCCCGACCGUGGCCCCCGGUGUCGUCCCGCCACCGAACGGUCUCCCCACACCGGCGCUACUCGCCAGCCCUGCCUCCACCUACCCGCCCGGAGCCAUCUCCUCAUUCGCGGUCCACGCGGACCAGCAGCUGGUCAAGUCACCCUUUUUGCCUUACGACAUAGCCGCCUUUCGCUCGACGGCAGCGGCCGCAGCAGCGGCAGCGGCCGCCGCCGCCACCAACGGUACACUGCGCCCUGCCCAGCUUUCGGCCACCAUCACCCUGCACCAGUCGGCGAGCGUCGAUUCGGCAUCGUCUCGCCUUUCGCCAGCAUCGUCCCGCAACUCGAAUGCCAGUCCGCCUCCCCCUCCUUCCGCCCUGUCGACGGCGGCUGCUGCCGCUGCGGUGGCGGCGGCCGCGGCCGCAUCCCUUCCACCCGGGCUACUGCAUACGGCCGCGAAGGGUGCGAAUCAUGCAACGCACCAUCACCACCAGCACCACCAUCACCAUCUGCACAACCAUCACAGCAACCAUCAGCAGCCCCGGCUGGCAGGGCUUGGGCCCCAUCCGGUACAGCUUCCCACCGGCGGUUCGGUGCCCGGCGUCAGCAGCAGCAGCAUCGGCAACGACACCAGCAACGGGGACCUCUCGUCCGCCAACGAGGACGAAUCGGACGACGAGCAGAUCGACGUGGUUAAGUCAGCCUUCAUACCGAUACUGCGUCCGCCGGCGGCACCCUCCGCCGAGACGACCGCAUCCGGCAGUACUGGCACGCGGGAAAACUCGCCGGACAUCUGCGAAAAGCCGGAAACGCCCGAUUCUACCACCGCACCAACCACCAACACCACCAUCACCACCGGAGGUCCCACUUCGCCGCCACGUUUCGGCUUACGGUGUGAUCUGAAGGCGUUGUCCACGAAAAAGCAGAUCCUGCACGAAUCUGCCCCGGGGCUGGUUUGCAUCAAGCAGCAACAGCAGCAGCCGCCACAACCAACGCCACAGCUAGAAUCGCCCGAACGUACCAAGCUGCGCUCGCCCAAUCUGAUCAAGCAGACGCAAAAAACGGUAUGGCGACCCUACUGAAG